AUGGUUAACCUAGAAGAUAUUAGUCGUCAGCUUUUGAAAUCAUCAAAAAAUUUAUCGAGUUGGAACUUUCCACUUUCAGAAAUUCUAACAGAAUAUUAUUCUUUACUGGAAGGAAAUUGUGAUGUUAAUUUUGGAGAAGCUGCAUUAAUCCUUCAAAAUUCUGUUAAUAUUUACACGCACAGAGUUGAACGUCUUCUCAAUGAAACUAAAGAUGCUAAUGCAAAUGAAAGUUCUCAACGCAAUACAAAAACUUUGAAUAAAAAUUCAAUCAAUUUUGAUGAUUUUAAAUUAUGCAAUUUGUCGGAUAACAUUGGAAAAAAUAUUAAUACAAAGAAUAAAUUUAACAUUGAAAAACCAGUGAAAUUGUUAACACGACGAUUUGUUCAAUUGGAAAAUGUCAUUGAAAAUCCUGUGGCUAAUGCGAUAGAAAUAAUUGAUAUUCAUGGGGAUAUUAUAGGGAAAAAAUAUGAUUUCAGAUGUAAUCAAUAUUUGAGUAUGAACGGUCUACUGAUAGAUGAACCUACUCCGGAUGAUUUUAAAAUAAUGGACAAUGAUAAUUCUGCUACUUCGGGAUAUUGUUCGAAUACGUCGAUAUUUGAUAGCUCUUAUAGUUCUAAUAAUCCAAUUGAUACAACCAAUUUAACCACUGAUAAUAACACAGAAACUUUAAUAAAUUAUUCUUCAUCACCAGUAGAAGAACUUGCUGAUUGUUCAGUCAAUAUGGAUGACUUUAAUGAAACAAACGAUACAAUUUAUGAAAAAGAAGAAACUACAAAUAUUGCUGAGAAAAAAGAAUCGCAGGAUAAUUCUAAAACUAAUAAAGAAUUAUUUAAUAAUUGUGAUACUAAUAUGAAUAACACGGACAAUGUGUGCAAUAUUUCUAAUAAAAUUCAAUCUUCUAACGAAAGAGUAAAAGAAAUAAAAAUUCCAAUUAAUAUCAAGAAAACUUUUAAUCCAAAAAUGUGGGAACCAAUAUCCCUUACACAUAAUAUUUCAAUAAAAAAGAAACGUAUUGAUCUACUAAAUUCAACCUCUUCGAUAAUUUUGAAGACUGAACGUAAAAAAAAGAAAAUGAUCUCACAAAUGCACAAAAACGAAGGCGUGGUAAAUUUUCUUUUGAAAGAAUCUAAAAUGUCGCAAGACAAAUAUUCUACACAGAGAUCCAAAAAACAAUUACUUCCACAAUUCAGAUCAGAAGAAGUUGAUGAAAUACAAAAGGUUUUCAAGGAUUGUUUCAAAAAUACAGAAAGCUUAAAUUCUUUCGAUGAUCAAGUAAUAAACUCAACAACGAAUGAUUUAAGAAUGAGAAAGGAUUCUAUCGAAGAUGAUUUUUUAUCGGAUGAUACAUUUUAUGAAGAUUCUGGUAUAGUAACAUAUACGUCGAGUUUACCCGAUUGCAAUAUCAGUCAAAUUUCUUCAACUGAUUUAAGAGUUUCGAGAGUGGAUAACAUUACCUCCCAAAUUGAUUUGCAACUUUCUUUACCAAAUUAUGAAAGACUGAUUGAAGAUGAAAUGAAAGAAUUAUUUGAACAUUCGGAUGUUAAGACUGAACUUGAUCAUAAAAUAAUGAAAUGGCAUCAAUCGAUGCAAUUGAAACUUGCCGAAGUCGAACAAAGGCCAAUGUUUUGUAUACAAAACUAUGCAUCUCAAAUAAUGAAAAAGUUGAACGAUAAAAUUCAGACUAAUAAAAAUCAGAACAUCUCUUUCGAUGAUAUUGUUAAAGACGAACAAAGAUAUGACACAGCUAGAUAUUUUCUGGCAUUAUUACAAUUGGCCAAUACUUACAACGUGGAUUUAAAAAAGAACAAAACUAUUGACGAACGUAUAGAAAUCGUAUUACUCGAUAAGAGUAGUAAAAAUGCUUCAAAUUAA